AUGAUCUCUGUCAGAAAUAGUGUGACUAUGACGGGUAAGAGGGCUUUUAGCACCAUCUUGCCCAAACAGAACCUGUCAUUCAAGAUCAAAUUGACCCCCAAUGAGAAAUCUCAAAUCAACUUCAAAGCUGGAAGCCAGGGCGCUAACCCUACAGUACCUAAGAAGAUCGAUUCCAGACUGGUGAAGAAAUUUCAAAGUGGGACUACCUACGACCCUUUCGACUUUUCUCUGGCAAGACUUCACCUUGACAAGAAAUUUGCGACCAGAAAUUCGUCCAACGACCUAUUCGAACUGAAUGGUGUGGACCCUCUAGAUCUAUACACUAAUCCUGAGUUUCUAUCACAAUUUGUCACAUCUUCGGGUAAAAUCUUGCAUAGAGACGUGACAGGACUUUCGGCCAAAAAUCAACGCCGCUUGAGCAAGGCAAUCAGAAGAUGCCAGGCCAUCGGUCUGAUGUCGAAGACACAUAGAGACGUUUCCUACUUGCCAUCAAGAAUUAUUGGCAAGAUCUAA